CAGAACUAAACAAGAGAUGAUAAACGCAUUCGUUCAUAAUCGGCAAUGACACCUGGAAUCAUCGUGAUUUUCAACGCGCAAUGAUUACAAAAUAACGCAAUCCGCAACAUCUUCAAAAGGGGUUUAAGAGCCCAGCCGCGACUCCAUUUACCACCCGAAAUGGAAACCCUACAUCAAAAAUUUCUUUACUACAGCCGACGAAAAUCCUUCCGCUACGGAGUGCCGUUCCUGCUGCUCAUGGUCGGCGGUUCCUUCGGAUUACAACAGUUCGCGCAGAUAAGAUACUCCGUGUCAAAGAAAGGUUCGCUUACGAGAGAAGAAGCGAAUAAGGUUGGGGUCAACAUGAAAAAGCAGGAAGAUGUAACGCUCGAAGGUGAAUACGAGAAGAUCAAGACGCUUGACAUAGACCACUGGGAGAACGUGAGGGGACCACGGCCGUGGGAAGAGUCAGCCCCUGCGAACGUGACUAACAAAUGAUGGCCAACAGAGUGAUAAUGGUUAGGAUAGUAGGGUUUCGCUAGAAAAUACAUUUCUUUAUUUGCUCCGGCUUGA